AUGCAAUUGCAGUUCGCGCUGUCGAGCCGUCGCAGCAGCUCGCUUGCACCGCUGAUCGCAUUUCCUCGUCAUAUUACGCGACUUGUAAUAAGUUACCAGGCUCCUAGACACAUCGAGAAGGACCCCGAUGCAAAGGGUGCGGCAAAGCCCGCUUUCCCCACAGUAACGGGCGGCCUACGCACUCACCCCACUAAAUCUCGUCCUUGUUCCUCAAACUCAACUAAAAAUCAGUUUUUCCCUCGUUUAUAA